AAUGUAUACAUAUUACUUCCUAGGUAAUGAAUCCCAUUCUCAUUUGCCGUACGGUGAGCACUAAAGUUGCCUGUCGAACCCAGAACAUCGUUCCUUUGAAGUUUGUCUUCUUCAUUUAAUUUUUUUCGGUUGCUUUUUAUUUUAUUUAUUCGUCUUGAGAGAGAGGGAACUGUAGAGCUAAGACCCGCCGUAUGCAGAUAAGCAGCGGGCGUCGCAAAGGCUCACGGGUAGCGCCCCGCCCCUUCCGGUCCUUGCUCGGUCUGAUCCGUCGCGAGAGUUCGUCAGCCGAACGCCGGAAGCCGCUAGUCGCUCGGUAGCGGCCGAAGGGGCGGGCUCGAGGGCUGAGGGACCCUGAGCUGCUCGCGGCUCGCUCGGCGGUGCAAGAUGGCGGACAUCUCCCUGGACGAGCUCAUCCGGAAGCGAGGGGCUGCUGUGAAGGGGAGGCUCAAUGCUAGACCAGGAGUUGGAGGUGUCCGAUCUCGUGUUGGGAUCCAACAGAGCCUUCUCAACCAGCCAGCACGCACAGCCACCUUCCAGCAGAGAUUUGAUGCUCGGCAAAAGAUUGGCCUCUCAGAUGCUCGGCUCAAGCUGGGAGUCAAGGAUGCCCGGGAAAAGCUUUUGCAGAAAGAUGCCCGGUUCCGGAUCAAAGGGAAAGUGCAGGAUGCCAGAGAGAUGCUGAACUCCCGCAAGCAGCAGAGCACGGUGCCCCAGAAGCCCCACCAGGUGGCUGAUGCCCGGGAGAAGAUCAGCUUGAAGCGAAAUUCCCCUGCUGCCUUCGUGAACCCACCCAUCGGGACAGUGACCCCUGCUCUGAAGCUCACUAAAACCAUCCAGGUUCCGCAGCAGAAGGCCAUGGCACCAAUUCACGCCCAUGCUGCUGGAAUGAGGAUCAACGUCGUCAAUAACCACCAGGCCAAACAGAAUUUAUAUGACCUGGAUGAAGAUGAUGAUGUUAUAGCUCCCAUUCCUAGUAAACAGAUGAAAUUUGCAGCCUCAGGCAGCUUUCUCCACCAUGUGUCUGGGGUGAGCAGUUCCAAGCUUUCUGUGUCCAAGGCCCUUCCUCUGACCAAAGUGGUCCAGAAUGAUGCAUACACAGCUCCUGCUCUCCCCUCCUCUGUUCGCACAAAAGCCUUGACCACCAUGUCCCGGACAUUAGUGAACAAGGAGGAGCCCCCCAAAGAGCUGGCGCCUGCUGAGCCUGUCCUCAGCCCUUUGGAAGGCACCAAGAUGACCGUGAAUAAUCUGCACCCUCGAGUUACCGAGGAGGACAUUGUUGAGCUUUUUUGUGUCUGUGGAGCCCUGAAGCGAGCUCGGCUGGUGCAUCCUGGGGUAGCAGAGGUCGUCUUUGUGAAGAAGGACGAUGCCAUCACUGCAUAUAAGAAGUAUAACAACCGGUGUCUGGAUGGGCAACCAAUGAAAUGCAACCUCCACAUGAAUGGGAACGUUAUCACCUCCGACCAGCCCAUCCUGCUACGGCUGAGCGACAGCCCCUCAGUGAAAAAGGAAAGUGAGCUGCCUCGCAGGGUGAAUUCUGCCGCCUCCUCCAACCCUCCUGCUGAAGUGGACCCUGACACCAUCCUGAAGGCGCUUUUCAAGUCUUCGGGGGCCUCUGUGACCACACAGCCCACAGAAUUCAAAAUCAAACUUUGAGCUGGGGAGUGAGACAGCCAGAAGCGGGGGCAGAGGAGGGUGGCUCUGUUUCCCAAAACAAAGAUUGUGACCAAUGGGCCAUUGGACUGGAGGCCCCUGAGCGUGGGAAGGGUCGCCGGGGGUAGAGAGCUUCCUCACUGGA